ACGCGACGUUGAGACUUGCUCAUGGCCGUGGGUUUUUGACGGGAUGGCUCUGUCUGAGCGUGGAUCGACAAUCUUGAUGGGGGAGUACAGAAAUCGUUGGUGGGGCACAGAAUUGCUGAACUCAACCAAAACCAUUGGAAGCGAAGAAAGGAAAAGAAAGACAUGGACAGCCAAAGCAGCAACACCUCCGACGAAGCUGGACUACAGAUCAAGCAGCUUGGAGACUUGGUCACACAGGCUUUUACAAAUCUGAAGCAUAAACAUGAAUCACAACGGACGACUAAUCGAGAAGCUGCAUUAGUCAAUGAUCAAGCUGUGAACUCGAAGGGAAUCCACUACGAUCGGCUGCAUUCGAGCCUCUUACCUCUGUUGAAAGAACAACUCACCACCAUCACAACCUUCCUAGAGCCGCGAGCCUUACGGAGAGAACCCGAGCCCAGACUCGGAAGGGUCUUGGAGCUCUUGCCCGAACUGGAUUCCAGGAUCUCUCAGCUCGACUCUGCCGUCCGGAUCCUCUGUCCAGAAAGGUUGUUUAUCGAGAACCAAAGGGAUGACCAUGACCUCAAGGAAUUCAAGAGGUUUAGACUGAUCGACCUGGAGGAGUCGUUUCAUCAGCUGCAUCGGGACAUCUGUUCAUUCCUUAAUACGGCCUCUGAACAUAUCCAACAAAUGGAACUCUCGACUGUUAGAUUGGUAGUACUAGAUGGACCGGAUGAUGAAGUAAACGAUCUUCAAGCAGCAUCCCAACAAGCAUUCCAUUCGAUCGACUACAUGAUCAAACACUUCGAAGGUUCCGAGUUGGAUGUUGCAGAAGAUCGUAGGGCAUAUGCAGUAGCUGAUAUCGAUCAGUUACUAAAGAAUACCCUUAGCAUCGUCACUCCAAAUGCUCCAAAAUCUAGUCCCUCACAGAGAAAAUUGAUGUGCCCACGAGCCAUCCAACUCACUCUGCUCAUCAUACCAAUCAUCAAACUCUUCAAACUAUUCUUCAAGAAAUUAUCGAAAGAUGGGCUGAACAUGAAUCCGAAAAGGCUCAAGCUACCCAAAUUUAGGCAGAUGAAUUCUAUUCAACUCGACUCAUUAUCUCGAUCAGCUGGAAUGAUCCAUGGUGGACUCAGCAGUCUUGUGCAUCUCCUGACCCAAGCUGAUCCGGCGACUUUAGAAGGGCCUUGCAGUGCCCCCAGGUAUCUAUUUUUCGCCGGGGUAGUCGAACGUCUUCCUCCGAACUUCGAACCCGCCUUGCUUUCUGUCGUCCUCCAUCUCAUCCCCUUGAUCGACGAUCCGUCUGAUCAGAACUAGUACUACCAGAAUUGGUUCAUCACUUGGAACAUCCUCAUCAAUACUGCUAUCCAUAACUUCCUUCAACUCGCUAGAAAUCUUUACUAAUCAACUAGCAGAGUUCCUCAAUUUCCUUUCACUUCCUGACUGCAUUCAAAUUUGUUUCGUUUGCCUUAUUUGUGUAAAUAUUCAAGCAAAUGUUCAUAAAUACAUCAGAUUGUCAAAUUGUGCUUGAG